GCGAGAGGCGGCUGCUUGGCUGCGGGGCGUUUUGAGUUUUCCUCCACCCUGUCUCCUAGGGCUCCUCUCCUCUGUCCCUGGACUCUGGUCUCCUGCUCCCCCGGCCUCCCAGAGCCCUUUUCUUAUGGCAGGAGCUUCCCAGGUCUCCGGCGUAGCUUCUCAGCCAACGACCCUCUCGCUGCCGGAGCUGAGCCGGGUCACUGGAUGUUGCUAAAACUCUCGAGAUCAUGCGCGGGUUUGGCUGCUGUUUCGCCCUCAGGUGCCACUGCCACCGCCACUGCUUCUACUGCCGCCGUCCACGGGAUGCUCAGUAGCCCGCUGCCGGGCCCCAACGAUAGUGUGUUUUUCGGAAGCCGUUUGCUGCUGCAGAGUUGCGCGAACUAGUCAUGGUGCUGUGGGAGUCCCCGCGGCAGUGCAGCAGCUGGACACUUUGCGAGGGCUUUUGCUGGCUGCUGCUGCUGCCCAUCAUGCUACUCAUCGUAGCCCGCCCGGUCAAGCUUGCGGCUUUCCCUACCUCCUUAAGUGACUGCCAAACACCUACCGGCUGGAACUGCUCUGGUUAUGAUGACAGAGAAAAUGAUCUCUUCCUCUGUGACACCAACACCUGUAAAUUUGAUGGGGAAUGUUUAAGAAUUGGAGACACUGUGACUUGCGUCUGUCAGUUCAAGUGCAACAAUGACUACGUGCCUGUGUGUGGCUCCAAUGGGGAGAGCUACCAGAAUGAGUGUUACCUGCGGCAGGCUGCCUGCAAACAGCAGAGCGAGAUCCUUGUGAUGUCUGAAGGAUCGUGUGCCACAGAUGCAGGAUCCGGAUCUGGAGAUGGAGUCCAUGAAGGCUCAGGAGAAACCAGUCAAAAGGAGACAUCCACCUGUGAUAUUUGCCAGUUUGGGGCAGAAUGUGACGAAGAUGCUGAGGAUGUCUGGUGUGUGUGCAACAUUGAUUGUUCUCAAACCAACUUCAAUCCCCUCUGUGCUUCUGAUGGGAAAUCUUAUGAUAAUGCAUGUCAAAUCAAAGAAGCAUCAUGUCAGAAACAGGAGAAAAUUGAAGUCAUGUCGUUGGGUCGAUGUCAAGAUAACACAACUACAACUACUAAAUCUGAAGAUGGGCAUUAUGCAAGAACAGAUUAUGCAGAGAAUGCUAACAAAUUAGAAGAAAGUGCCAGAGAACACCACAUACCUUGCCCAGAACAUUACAAUGGCUUCUGCAUGCACGGCAAGUGCGAACAUUCUAUCAAUAUGCAGGAGCCAUCUUGCAGGUGUGAUGCUGGUUAUACUGGACAACACUGUGAAAAAAAGGACUACAGUGUACUGUAUGUUGUGCCGGGCCCUGUACGAUUUCAAUACGUCUUAAUUGCAGCUGUGAUUGGAACGAUUCAGAUUGCCGUCAUCUGUGUGGUGGUCCUCUGCAUCACAAGGAAAUGCCCCAGAAGCAACAGAAUUCACAGACAGAAGCAAAACACAGGGCACUACAGCUCAGACAACACGACAAGAGCAUCCACGAGGUUAAUCUGAAGGGAGCAUGUUGCACAGUGGCCGAAAUACCGAGAGCUUGGACUACACAAUACAGUAUUAUAGACAAAAGAAUAAGACAAGAUCUACACAUGUUGCCUUGCAUUUGUGGUAAUCUACACCAAUGAAAACAUGUACUACAGCUAUAUUUGAUUAUGUAUGGAUAUAUUUGAAAUAGUAUACAUUGUCUUGAUGUUUUUCUGUAAUGUAAAUAAACUAUUUAUAUCACACAAUAUAGUUUUUUCU